AUGGAUUUCAAUGGGAGCCUGGACUAUGGGUCCUAUCCCACAGGCCUGCCCUACAACACCAGCGUGGACUAUGAGGACUACUACCAGGAGCCGGACGCUAGUAAAAUCAUCAUCCCCUCCAUCUAUGCCCUCGUCUGCUGCGUGGGUCUCACGGGCAACGCCAUGGUCAUCUAUGUCAUUCUGAAAUACGCCAAGAUGAAAACAGCCACUAACAUUUACAUCCUCAACUUGGCCAUCGCCGAUGAGUUGUUCAUGCUGAGCGUUCCUUUCCUGGCCACAUCCGCGGCCGUCCGUCACUGGCCCUUCGGGUCCCUGAUGUGUCGCCUGGUGCUGAGCGUGGAUGGUAUCAACAUGUUUACGUCAAUCUUCUGCCUGACGGUGCUGAGCGUGGACCGUUACAUAGCAGUGGUCCACCCUAUCAAGGCCGCCCGCUACCGCAGACCCACUGUUGCCAAAGUGGUCAAUGUCUGCGUGUGGGGGCUGUCGCUCAUAGUCAUCCUGCCCAUCAUUAUCUUUGCAGACACUGUCCCGGCGCAGGAUGGUGGUGUGGACUGUAACUUCCUGUGGCCUGAGGCAGCCUGGUCAGAGGCAUUCGUGGUCUAUACCUUCCUGUUGGGAUUCCUGCUGCCGGUCGGCGCCAUCUGUCUGUGCUACUGUCUCAUGGUGGCCAGGAUGCGAGCAGUGGGGCUGAAGGCCGGCUGGCUUCAACGCCGGCGCUCGGAGAAGAAGAUCACCCGCAUGGUGCUGCUGGUUGUGGCGGUGUUCGUCCUCUGUUGGAUGCCCUUUUACAUUGUCCAACUGGUCAGCGUUUUCCACCGGCCCCCAGACCCCAUGGUCACUCAGCUGUUUGUCAUCCUCAGCUACGCCAACAGCGGCGCCAAUCCCAUCCUCUACGGCUUUGUGUCUGAUAACUUCCGGCGUUCGUUCCAGCGCAUUGUGUGUUUCCGGUGGCUGGAGUCUGGGCUGGAUGCGGAGCAGGUGGAUUACUGUGCUGUAGCUUUGAAGAGACAAGCGACGUGCAGCCCUCUGGACUUUCCCAAGGACUGCAUGGCUUCUGAGAUGGUGUUUCGCAAUGGGACAUACACGUCCCGUACGACCACGGUGUGA